ACAUUUCCAAAUCAGAUUAAUAAGAUAGGAGAAUAGGAGAAAAGUAGAGAAAAAGGCAAGAAGAUGGGAAGGGUUAAGUUGAACAAUGAUCCAACUCCAAGCCUAAAGCACUUUAGUCAUCCACAUGAAUUAGAGUUAUGCACCCAACUCCAACAUUUAAUCCCAUGUUCAGGAUGCAAACUUCCACCAUUAGGCCAAAUGUACAUAUGCAGGCCUUGCAACUUCACUCUUCAUUUGAGCUGUGCUAAAUUCCCACAGCUGAUUACUCACCCCUCUCAUCCGAACCACCCUCUAAACCUACUCCCUACAUCCAAAUACCCCGGUGGCCAAUUCGACUGUGAUGCUUGCAAGCAACGUGGAAACGGCUUCAGCUACCAUUGCAGUCAUUGUGAGUUUGAUCUCCAUGUGAUAUGUGCAUCUAAACCCCUCAAAAUCACACACCAAUUGCACCAAUGCUCGCUCGAACUCACCUUCAAGAAUCCUUAUGCUAAUGCCAAAGGCUUCUCUUGUGAUGUAUGCCACAAGAUUGGAGCCAAGCAGUGGCUUUAUAGAUGUCCCGCUUGCGAGUUUGAUGUUCAUUUGGAUUGCUUAAUUUCUGCCCCUAUACAGACAGUUCAAGUACCAGCUUCACAGCCAACUGCCCUCCAACACCACCAUUCAUUCCCGGGGCCUACUAACCAACUCCAGCAGGCUUCUAUGGGUGCACAAGCAAGGCCAAAUAUAUUGAUGCAUACUGCAAGUACAGGUGCAAUAACUAACAACCAUCCCCUACAAGGCCAAGUGAGGCCAAACCAGUUGUUUCAUAGUGCUAGUACAAGCGCAGUUCCACAGCAACAGUUCCUGCAACCUCCUAUAAUUCAAGGACAAGUGAUGCCCAACCAGUAUAUGCAGCAGCCUCAAGGGGAAAACAACGGUUUUGGGAAUGGUUUGAUGAAUGCUGCAAUUCAAGGACUGGUAGAAGGUGCAGCUCAGCAGGUUGGUCAGACUUUCAUGCAGGGGAUCAUAGGUGGUGGUGACAAUAGUGGUGGAAAUGAAGGAUCAUCAAUCCUGGGAAGCAUUUUUGGUGGCUCGUCCGACACGCAAUACUAGAAUUGCAUAUCUUUUUCUUUCCAUUUUACUUGUCUGAGUAAACCAGGUUAGAUUCGGGGUCAAAUAUAAAACUCCAGGAUCGAUUACUCUCUUUGGUGGGGGCUUUUAUUUUUGGUCGAAAAGUAGAUACAUGUUUUUUUGUCUUGGGGCUUGGGUUGUAUGCUAUUAUCACUUUGUCAAAAGCAAAGCCAUUGACAAAGUAUGCAGUAUUGCACAAGUAAUAAGUCCUUUUAAGACUGUUUAGAUGUUAUUGAUUCUACUAUAUCAUUGA